AUGAGGUCCCUCCGCCGCCUGCUGCUGCUUCUCCUGCUGGUGUUCCCCGCCACCCUUCUGCUCCGAGGCGGCCCGGGAGGCUCUUUGGCAGUGGCUCAGGAUCUUACAGAGGAUGAAGAAACAGUGGAAGAUUCUAUAAUUGAAGAUGAAGACGAUGAAGCAGAAGUGGAAGAAGAUGAACCGACAGAUUUGGCUGAAGAUAAAGAGGAAGAAGAUGUAUCAGGUGAACCUGAAGCUUCACCCAGUGCAGAUACAACCAUCCUGUUUGUGAAAGGAGAAGAUUUUCCAGCAAAUAACAUUGUGAAGUUCCUGGUAGGCUUUACAAACAAGGGUACAGAAGAUUUUAUCGUCGAGUCUCUCGAUGCCUCAUUCCGGUACCCUCAGGACUACCAAUUUUAUAUCCAGAACUUCACUGCUCUUCCCCUGAACACGGUCGUGCCACCCCAGAGACAGGCAACCUUUGAGUACUCCUUCAUCCCCGCAGAGCCCAUGGGGGGCCGGCCCUUCGGUCUGGUCAUCAACCUGAACUACAAGGAUUUGAACGGCAAUGUUUUCCAAGAUGCUGUCUUCAAUCAAACAGUUACAAUCAUCGAGAGAGAAGAUGGGUUAGACGGAGAAACCAUAUUUAUGUACAUGUUCCUUGCUGGUCUUGGGCUGUUGGUUGUCGUUGGCCUUCAUCAGCUCCUGGAAUCUAGAAAGCGCAAGAGGCCCAUUCAGAAGGUAGAGAUGGGAACAUCGAGUCAAAACGAUGUCGACAUGAGCUGGAUUCCUCAGGAAACUCUGAAUCAGAUCAUGCAGAGUAGAAGAGAUAAAGCUUCACCAAGAAGGUUGCCCAGGAAACGGGCACAGAAGAGAUCAGUGGGAUCUGAUGAGUAA